UUGUCGUUCGGACUUUGUUUCGGACGCCCGCGUCGUCCUUUUGCGCUGCCAUCAGGGUUUAUGAAAUCUCCGGCGUGCAUUAAAGACGACUAAUCGGGAUUAGCGAGGCCAGUCCGUCGGGGCGCGGCCAAAGGCGGCGCAGGCUCGCGAGAGAGCGCGGAGAGGCGGCACGGCGGCCGCAGGCGCGUGAGGAUGGACGGCAGAGGAAGGCGAGGAAGCGACGGCUCCUUCAAGCGCUCGUCCGUCAAACGCAGCGCCUCGUCCGGAUCGCAGAGGCUGCAGAGAGUUUGGAUCGAGAAAACCUUCCAGAAGAGAGAAUGCGCACACAUCGUGACAGGAAAAGACGCCGGCAGGUGCGGCUGCGGCCGGCCGGUGGCGCAGCACUCGGCGGUCCCGGAGGCCGAGCGACCGGAGGUCCGACCCCCGGAGCGCUGGACCGCCCUCAAGCACACCCGGGCCGCCCCCACCGACGCGUACGGCGUCAUCGAGUUCCAGGAGGGAGGACACGUCAACAAGGCCAUGUACAUCCGCGUGUCCUUCGACUCCAAGCCGGAGUGCCUGCUGCAGCUGAUGGUGAAGGAGUGGUCGCUGGAGCUGCCCACGCUGCUCAUCUCGGUCCACGGCGGCCUGCAGAACUUUGAGCUGCCCCCCAAACUGCGGCAGGUCUUCGGACGGGGGCUCAUCAAAGCCGCCGUCACCACCGGGGCUUGGAUCUUCACCGGCGGCGUCAGCACCGGCGUGAUCCGCCACGUGGGCGACGCCCUGAAGGAGCACUCGUCCAAGUCCCGCGGCAAAGUGUGCGCCGUCGGCAUCGCGCCCUGGGGCAUCGUGGACGACAAGGACCACCUCCUCGGCAGAGACGUGUCGCGUCCGUACGGGACGACGGGCAACCCGGCGAGCAAGCUGGCCGCGCUCAGCGCCGGCCACUCGCACUUCAUCCUGGCCGACGACGGCACGGCCGGCAAGUACGGCGCCGAGGUGGCGCUGCGCCGGCACCUGGAGAAGCACGUGGCGCUGCAGAAGAUCAACACGCGUCUGGGUCAAGGCGUCCCCGUGGUGUGCCUGAUCCUGGAAGGGGGCCCCAACGUCAUCUCGGUGGCCCUGGACAGCUUGCGGGAGGAGCCGCCCGUCCCCGUGGUGGUGUGCGACGGCAGCGGACGGGCCUCCGACAUCAUCUCCUUCGCGCACAGAUUUUGCCAGCCCGACGGGUCCGUGAGCGAAGACGUGAAGGAGCAGCUCCUGGUCACCAUUCAGAAGACCUUCAACUACAACCGCGGCCGAGCGCAGCAGAUCUUCCUCAUGGUCAUGGAGUGCAUGAAGAAGAGAGCGCUGAUCACGGUCUUCAGGAUGGGCGGCGAAGGCCAGCAGGACAUCGAGAUGUCCAUCCUCACGGCGCUUCUCAAAGGCACCAACGCCUCGGCGUGCGACCAGUUGAGCUUGGCUUUGGCCUGGAAUCGCGUGGACAUCGCUCGCAGUCAGAUCUUCGUGCGCGGACACCGCUGGCCUCCGGUGACCUUGAGCGAGCGUCCCAAAAGCCCGGCGGCGGCCCAGCGCGCGGCGGCGGCGGCCACCAAAGCGAAAGCUCGGGGGAAGAAAGGAAAAGCCGGGAAAGCCAAAGUGGAGCCCCCGGAGGAGACGGACCCCAGGAAGCUGGAGCUGCUCGGCUGGGUCAACUCGCUGGAGCAGGCCAUGAUGGAUGCCUUGGUAUUGGACCGCGUCGACUUUGUCAAGCUUCUGAUCGAGAACGGCGUCAACAUUCAUCACUUCCUCACCAUCCCUCGUCUGGAGGAACUCUACAACACGGUGGCCGACCCCCCACGCGGCUCCGCCUCCUCCGCUGACCUGACCAGUCCUUCCUGUUUGUGUCCCCGCAUUGCGCAGAAGCUGGGACCCGCCAACACGCUGCACUUUGUCGUCCGAGACGUCAAGAAGGGGAACCUCCCUCCAGACUACCAAAUCACCUUGAUCGACAUCGGAUUGGUUCUGGAGUUCCUGAUGGGCGGAGCUUAUCGCUGCAUCUACACCCGGAAGAGCUUCAGGGCUCUCUACAACAACUUGUACGGCCUGAAGCGGCCCAAAGCCUUGAAGCUGCUCGGCAUGGAGGAUGACGAGCCUCGUGCCAAGGGCAAGAAGAAGAACAACAAGAAGAAGGAGGAGGAGGCGGAGGUCGACGUGGACGACCCCGAGGUGAGCCGCUUCCAGUACCCCUUCCACGAGCUGAUGGUGUGGGCCGUGCUCAUGAAGCGCCAGAAGAUGGCGCUCUUCCUGUGGCAGCGGGGGGAGGAGGCCAUGGCCAAAGCCCUAGUGGCCUGCAAGCUCUACAAGGCAAUGGCCCACGAGUCGUCCCAGAGCGAGCCGGUGGACGACAUCUACCAGGACCUGGAGAAUAACUCCAAGGAGUUCGGGCAGCUGGCCUACGAGCUUCUGGACCAGUCGUACAAACGCGACGAGCAGGUGGCCAUGAAGCUGCUGACCUACGAGCUGAAGAACUGGAGCAACUCCACCUGCCUGAAGCUGGCGGUGGCCGCCAAACAUCGGGACUUCAUCGCGCACACCUGCAGCCAGAUGCUGCUGACCGACAUGUGGAUGGGAUGCCUGCGCAUGGGCAAGAGCAACAGCCUCAAGGUGAUUUUAGGAAUCGUCUUCCCGCCCGCCAUCCUCCUGCUGGACUUCCGCCCGGGCGAGGAGACGUCCUUCCGCUCGUCCGAGGAGAGUCAGGGCAGCGGAAACAAAGACGAUGACGACGCCAAGUCCGGCAAGGACGCCGCUUCCAACGUGGACGCCACGUCCAAGAAAGGAGACGAAGAGGACGACCGAAAGAAAGGCGGCAGGAGGAUUCCCGUCGGCAGGAAGAUUUACGAGUUCUACAAUGCCCCCUUCACCAAGUUCUGGUUCAACACGAUCUCGUACCUGGUGUACCUGAUGUUGUACAACUACAUCAUCCUGGUGAAGAUGGAGCGCUGGCCCUCGCUCCAGGAGUGGAUCGUCAUCUCCUACAUCAUCACGCUGGGGCUGGAGAAGGUCCGACAGAUCCUAAUGUCGGAGCCGGGCAAGCUGAAGCAGAAGAUCAACGUGUGGCUGGAGGACUACUGGAACCUAACGGACCUGGCGGCCAUCUGGGUCUUCGUCCUGGGCCUGCUGCUGCGGCUGCACAACGAGCCCUACAUGGGCUACGGCCGCGUCAUCUACUGCGUGGACAUCAUCUUCUGGUACAUCCGCGUGCUGGACAUCUUUGGCGUCAACAAGUACCUGGGGCCCUACGUCAUGAUGAUCGGCAAGAUGAUGAUCGACAUGCUGUACUUCGUGGUGAUCAUGCUGGUGGUGCUGAUGAGCUUCGGCGUAGCCCGGCAGGCCAUCCUGCACCCGGACGAGGAGCCCACCUGGCGCCUGGCCCGCAACAUCUUCUACAUGCCCUACUGGAUGAUCUACGGCGAGGUGUUUGCCGACUCCAUAGACCUUUACGCCAUGGAAAUCAAUCCUCCGUGCGGGGACAACAUGUACGACGAGGACGGCAAGAAGCUGCCGCCGUGCAUACCCGGCGCCUGGCUGACUCCCGCCAUCAUGGCCUGCUACCUGCUGGUGGCCAACAUCCUGCUGGUCAACCUGCUCAUCGCCGUCUUCAACAACACCUUCUUCGAGGUGAAGUCCAUCUCCAACCAGGUGUGGAAGUUCCAGCGCUACCAGCUGAUCAUGACCUUCCACGACCGGCCCAUCCUACCCCCGCCCCUCAUCGUCUUCCCUCACGUCUUCAUCGUCCUCAAGCGGCUCUGCUGCCGAUGCGCCGGCCGUCGGCCGCCGCGCCGCGACGCCGACCGCGACGACACCCACAGACGCCUUCAGCUGCUUCUGGGCGCGGACGAGCUGAAGAGCCUCCAUGAGUUUGAGGAACAGUGCGUGGACGAGUACUUCCGAGAAAAGGACGAGGAGAAGCAGUCGUCCAACAACGAGAGGAUCCGAGUCACCUCGGAGAGGGUGGAGAACAUGUCCAUGCGCCUGGAGGAGGUGAACGAGCGCGAGCAUGCCAUGAAGGCGUCCCUGCAGACGGUGGACCUGCGCCUGGCCCAACUGGAGGAGUUCUCGGCCCGCAUGAUGAACGCUCUGGAGAAGCUGGCGGGCGUGGAGCCCGACCACUCCGGGGGAAGUGCCCGAGGCUCCGCGGCGGGCGACGGCGCUGGCCGGCGCGGCAGCUUCGAUAGCGUCGACGCCGGCAGCCUCUACCGCUACCGGCCGGAGCACGACGUCGCCUCGGUCGCCGGAAGUCCGGAGAGACGAGCGCCGUGCCCCGACACCGGCGGCGUCCGGUCCCCGGAGCCGGAUCAAAGUCGAGAGCCCGCUCGGCCUUUCUCCGGUGUGGGCAUCUUGGUCUCCCCGUGCGAGUGCGCCGACAACGAGGAGGCGGACGCCGCCGCCGAUGACGACAGGAAGUUCCCGGCGCUACGCUCCCAAAGUCUCAACGUCCGCCCCGGCAAGAAAAGCGGGACGCCGCGCGCGGCCGCCAGCCUGGUGGACCUCGCCCGUUCGGACCUCCGCCCGAGUCUGCCUUAAGAAGGCGGUAAAGAAAGCCGUUACAUAGCGUUUGGAUUGGCAUUUCAUCAUGUUCGUUUCAUCAGCUGUCAUCACUUGGG